CCAUGCCAGGUCUUGAUGAGGGCGGGGAGCCCUGGUAUUAGCUCUUUUGUCACACGCUUCUCCCAGGGCCAAUGCCUGGGCCCUCGGCCGGCCCCGGGGAAACUGAGGCAGGAGGCUUGGGAAACUGUAGCGGGGCUGGGGGCCCGGACUCCUGGGUCCCGGCGGAGGAGAGGACCCGGACUCUUGGGUCUGAAGGGGCAGGGGACUAGGGCCCCCGGACUCCUAAGUCUGAGGGCGGAGGGCCUGGGACCGAGGGCCUUCCCCCAACACACCCGUCUCUUAAAUGCCCGCCGAGCGCCCCGCCCCUCCCGCCCCCAGUUAACCCCGAGCCCCGCGGCCGAGCCCGGCACAGUCGCCCAGAGCCCACAGACCGAGCAGGUGCGCGACCCACACGCGCUCGGCAGCGGGAUGGACACCGACCAGCCCGAGAGCCCCCGGGAGCCGCCGUCCCCGCCCCCGCCGCCGUCGCCGCCGUCGCCGCCGUCGCCGCCGUCCCCCGCGCCCCCCGAGUCCCCCGGGUCCCCCCGGCCCGAGCAGCCGUCGGAGGCCUACGCCCGGCAGCUGCUGCUGGAGGAGUGGGGGCCGCCCGGCGGGAGCCUGGAGCUGCCCCCCCGCCUCACCUGGAAGCUGCUGUUCCUGCGGCGGCCGCUCUACCGCAACCUGCUGCGCUCGCCCAACCCCGAAGGCAUCAACAUUUAUGAGCCGGCACCCCCUACUGGUCCCACCCAGCAGCCCCUGGAGACUCUGGGCAACUUCCACGGCUGGUACAUUAGGACCGAGAAGCUCCAGCAGAACCUCAGCUGGACCGUGAAGCAGCAGUGUGUGGAUCUUAUGGCCGAGGGCCUCUGGGAGGAGCUCCUCGACGAUGAGCAGCCAGACAUCACGGUCAUGGACUGGUACGAGGACAGCCGGCUGGACACGUGUGUCUAUGAGCUGCACGUCUGGCUGCUGGCAGCCGACCGCCGCACGGUCAUCGCGCAGCACCAUGUGGCCCCCCGGGUCUCCGGGAGAGGCCGCCCCGGCUGCUGGAUCCAGGUGUCCCACGUGUUCCGCCAGUAUGGCCCUGGCGUGCGCUUCGUCCACUUCCUGCACAAGACCAAGAACCGGAUGGAGCCCGGGGGGCUGCGGCGGACGAGGGUGACGGACUCCUCCGUGUCCGUGCAGUUCAGGGAGUGACUGGCAGACUCCGGGCCUGUUCUGACCCCCGGUGUCACUUGUCCACAGCCUUGACACUUUACCCGAUCCCUUGGCACCUCCCCGACCCUUCGGCUCUGUGGCCUUCUCUUCGCACCUCCCUGGUGCUCACCACCACCUGUUCCCUUAAUCGCUUCAUGACCCCUCAGCCUCUCCUUGAUCGCUGACCACCUCCUGGGCCCCUUAUUCCUGCCUGGCCCUCGGCUCCCCGCUUGGCAUCUUCCCACACCCUUGGACGUCUGACUCGUUGGCAUUGCUUCCGCACUCUCUGAGCUCCGUGAGGGCAGCGGCCACUUCCUCCUGAGUUAGUGCUCGACAGACAGUAGGGGCUUCGUGCAUCCUUGUGGAUCGACGAAUAAAUGCGUGUGCGCGGGGAUGCGGA